GAAGCACCCUGGCUGGCUCUCGUGAGCUGCUGGCAAAAAAGAUGGCAAAAUCUGAUAGACAACUGUCGAGCUACUAGCAUCUGAAAUCACGUUCAUUUGCCAUCGAAUGUGUAUUGUCCAAGCGUUUAGGGAAGCUGUGCUCAUUCUGAAUGCUAGCAGACGACAAAAAGCUAGUUUAUUGCAGAGGUUUUCACCACUGGCUAUUGUGUUAGUAGCGAGGGGGAAAAAAGAAGAGAGCUUCUGCUUGCGAGACACCAACCUCCAUAUGUCACAUUGAACGUGUGUUGACGGGAAUGACAGAUCGGCAUUGCAAUUAGCAACGGCGGCUGCAUCGGCUCCUGUUGGAAACGGGACAUCUGCGUAUGCCGCCUGUUAGUCAAAGUGGAGAGACUUCUUCCAUCAUGAACGUUGUGCCUUCUGCCUCCAGUUGAGCAACCACAAUCAUAAGCACAAAUCUGCAAAAUCAUUAGCACACACCUGAGGCUACCUACCCCACUUUUGCUGCUAGUCUCGCAUCCUUUGUUCAGGAGAAUAUGUACGGUAGCGCUCGCUCAGUCGGCAGAAGCGAUGCCAACCACAGCGGAGGCAGGGAUGCAAGCGGGACCGGCAAUCAAGGAACAGGUCGCUCCCCUCGCCUCCCUCGCUCCCCUAGAAUGGGACACCGGCGCACCAACAGCACCGGGGGCAGCGGAGGCGGUCCUGGAGGUGCAGGGGGCAAGACGCUCUCCAUGGAGAAUAUCCAGUCCCUCAAUGCGGCAUACGCCACCUCGGGACCAAUGUACCUGAGCGACAAUGAAGUGGCCGUAGGGGAGCACCUUCCCAAAAGCUCAGGCGUGGCUGUGACAACCAUGGGGCGGCAGCGGGUGACGUACGGAUCAAGAAGCGGCGGCGGAAGUGGCGUGGUCGCCGCGAGUACGCCCAACAUCUCCACCUCGGUGCCUUCGAGUGCGGUGCUGCCUGCGGGCUUGAUGGCGGGUGACGCUUUGGCUUUUGGGGACCACCACAUGGCGUCCACUGUACCUCAUUCUUUAAGGCAGGCCCGGGACAACACAAUACUUGACCUUCAGGCACAACUUAAAGAGGUUCUUAGGGAAAACGAGUUGUUGCAACGGGAAGUGGAAAUCAAAGAGAGCAAGCUGAGCUCAUCCAUGAAUUCCAUUAAGACAUUUUGGAGUCCAGAAUUGAAAAAAGAACGAGCGCUCCGCAAAGACGAGGUGUCUAAAAUCUCUGUGUGGAAGGAACAAUACCGCGUGAUUCAGGAUGAAUCUCAGCAUCUCCAGAUGACCGUGCAGGCUCUCCAGGACGAGCUAAGGAUCCAGAGGGACCUGAACCAGCUGCUCCAGCAAGACCCCGCAAGCCAAGGCCGAGACCUUGCCCUGGCGUCGGAACCGACCGAGGAGAAUUUCAGACGGCUCCAUUGCGAGCACGACCGGCAGGCCAAGGAGCUCUUUCUCCUUAGGAAAACCUUGGAGGAGAUGGAGAUGAGGAUUGAUACGCAGAAGCAAACCCUUGGGGCUCGAGAUGAAUCCAUCAGGAAACUCCUGGAGAUGUUGCAGAGCAAAGGUCCAUCUGCUAAAGCGUCAGAGGAGGACCAGGAGCGCACCAGGAGGCUGGCGGAUGCAGAGAUGCAUCGGCAUCACCUUGAAAGUUUACUGGAUCAGCGAGACAGAGAGAUAACAGCGUUGAGAGAAGAACUUCAUCGUAGAUAUGAGGGAACACCAGAGUCCACCAAAACGAAGGCUUUACAGACAGUCAUUGACAUGAAGGAUGCAAAGAUCAACUCAAUGGAACGGAACAUGAGGGACAUGGAGGAGGAGCUGCUCAUGAUGAAGUCAAAUGGACUUCUGAGCUGUGAGGAGCGGCAGGAGGAGAUGAAGCAAAUGGAGGUGUAUCGCAGCCACACAAAGUUCAUGAAGAACAAGAUGGAGCAGGUGAAGCAGGACCUCUCCAGGAAGGACACUGAGCUUCUCGGCCUUCAGACCAAGCUGGAGACGCUCACCAAUCAGUUUUCUGACAGCAAACAGCACAUUGAAGUCCUCAAGGAGUCUCUUACUGCCAAGGAGCAGCGAGCUGCCAUUUUACAGACUGAGGUGGAUGCCUUGCGUCUGCGAUUGGAAGAGAAGGAAGCCACUCUAAAUAAGAAGAGCAAGCAGAUCCAGGAAGUUUCGGAAGAGAAGGGUACACUUAGUGGAGAGAUCCAUGACCUCAAAGACAUGCUUGAUGUGAAGGAGCGCAAAGUCAACGUGCUACAAAAGAAGAUUGAGAACCUUCAGGAGCAGCUGAGGGACAAGGAGAAGCAGAUGAGCAGCUUGAAGGAGAGAGUCAAGUCCUUGCAGGCAGACACAUCCAACACUGAUACUGCCCUUACCACGCUGGAGGAAUCACUUGCUGAAAAGGAGCGUAUCAUUGAGCGGCUAAAGGAGCAACGAGACAGAGACGACCGAGAGAAGACUGAGGAGUUGGACUGCACUAAGAAGGAGUUGAAAGAGCUAAAGGAGAAGCUCAGCUUGCUGCAGGGAGACUUGUCAGACAGAGAGACGUCUCUUUUGGACCUGAAGGAGCACGCGUCAUCGCUAGCUUCCUCUGGCUUAAAGAAGGACUCAAAACUAAAAAGUCUGGAGAUUGCCCUGGAGCAGAAGAGGGAGGAAUGUCUGAAAUUAGAUAAUCAUCUUAAGAGGGCUCAGAAUGCGGCUCUGGAAGCUCAAGCCAACACUGAGCUGGCGGAGCGCAUUAAGGGCCUAGAGCAGGAAGUGGUCCGCCACAAAGAGGAUUCUGGGAAGGCACAAGCAGAGGUGGACCGCUUGCUCGAGAUCCUGCGGGAAAUGGAAAAUGAGAAAAAUGACAAAGACAAGAAGAUCAAUGAGCUCGAAGGGCAGAUGAAGGACCAGACAAAGAAAGUGGCGUCUUUGAAGCACAAGGAGCAAGUGGAGAAAAGCAAAAACGCCCGACUGAUGGAGGAGGCCAAAAAGCGUGAGGACAACAUGUCUGAGAGCUCUCUGCAGGUGAAGGACUCUUUGCGUCAGAAGUCAGAGCGCAUAGAAGAGCUGGAGGAAGCCCUGAGAGAGAGUGUGCAGAUCACCGCCGAGCGCGAGAUGGUGCUCGCCCAGGAGGAAGCCGCCAGGUGUCUGCAGGAGAAACAGAAGUACUCACUCAAUGCAAUGCAUGAGUCCAACCUCGCCCACUUAAAGUGGUCCAAGAUGGAGGAGCUUCUCGGUGCCAUGGAGAAGGUCAAACAGGAGCUGGAGUCCAUGCGGGCCAAGCUGUCCUCCACCCAGCAGUCUCUAUGUGAGAAAGAGGCACACCUCACCACCCUGCGAGCAGAGCGCAGGAAGCACUUAGAGGAGGUGCUAGAAAUGAAACAGGAGGCAUUGUUGGCUGCAAUCAGUGAGAAGGAUGCCAACAUAGCCCUGCUGGAGUUGUCGUCCUCCAAGAAGAAAAAGACCCAGGAUGAAGUGUCCUUGUUGAAGAGGGAGAAAGAUCGAUUGGUGCAACAGCUAAAGCAACAGACUCAGAACCGCAUGAAGCUGAUGGCAGACAAUUAUGAGGACGAACACCUGAAGACGGCCCCCGACCACUCAAACCACAAGCCCUCCCCAGACCAGAUGAUAGCCCCUGUUGUAGCUCUGUGCCAGAACCGCAGCAAGCUCAAGCUCUACAUCGCCCACCUGACCGACCUAUGCCACGACCGUGACCCGAGCAUCCUCAGCCAACUCACCCCACCCGCCCACUACCACCGCAGCGACCCGGACGACUGGGAGGAUGAGCUCCUGAAGAUGACGGGGGAACAGUUGGAGAAAGAGCUGGAACUUUGUGAGAAGGAGAGCGGCGAGUUGCAGGAGUACGCCAACUGUGUCCUGCAACAGAUUGCUGACUGCUGCCCUGACAUCUUAGAGCAGGUCGUCAACGCCCUGGAGGAGUCAUGCUGACCCACCGGGGCAGCCCAGGUUUUGUCCUUGCGCUCUGUGGCGGCACCACUGGAGUAAAAAUCUUUUGGGGGUGCUUUCCUGCCCUAUUUUGAUAUUUAGUUAAUUUUUCACCACCAAACCAAAAAUGUGUUAGGUCACUAGUUAAGAGAACAGCACAAUUGUCCAUAUAAGAUUUGCACUUACACACUUGUACUUAUGAUACAGUGGAACUUCUAAGGUAAAACAAUUAAAUGAAUUAAAAUGUAAAAACGAUUAGAAACAUACUAUUACCAAAUGAAUUAUAAAAUACUCAAAUUUAUUUUUCUUGUUUUCUGAAAACUCAAAUAACACUGAGACAACUAUGCUAUUAGGCUAGUGAAAUACAGUAGAAGACAACGUCCACGUGUUCAUCAAAAAGUUUUUUUUCCCCUAAAAUGUGUAUUUUGCAUUAUUACAAGCCGCUGUAACAUCGCAGAUUUAACAAUUGAAAGGAAAAAAUAAAUUAUGAUUACAUUAAAAUGCAUUUGAACUCUUUAUAUAGCAAGUGACUUUUUGGAGGGCAUUUAAAGAUCAACAAUAAUUACCCCUUAAAGACCACAUUUUGGGUCAGAUUUGCCUACAAAAUGUCAUUGUCCACAUGGGUAUGUCCCAACUUCAAAUUAUAAUUCAAUAAAUCAUUAUUUUAUAUAGGUAUUCAUGGAUAAAUAUAAUUAUAAUUUAAUACAAUGUCUUAAAAAAAUAUAACAUAAUGAUAAUAUCAACUAGAGGAGCAGACUUCCACCUAAGCAGACAAAUUCAAAGCAGCAAUUUUGUGACCUUUGAACCUUUCUGUUAUCAUACCACCUACCCUGGAAAUUUGAGUUAAAGCAACACUAGGUAACUUAUAAACCUUUAUAAAAAUAUUUUCUUUACAUUUGUGAUAAUAUGUUGACUGACAACUAGUUGAAUGACACCUCUUUUAUAUCUUGAGGGGGUCUUUAUCGCUUUCACCGGCACUAAUUAACUUUGAGGAGGGUGGCAGGAACCCUGAAACACACAAAAAAACUACAAAUGUGCUGACUGAUUUAAGUUAUAUGUCACUUCCCCAUUUCCCGAUUCAUUAUAAAGACUGAAGUCGACGCUUUCGCGCGAAUUCUGCAAAGAUGGCAGAGCAACAAAAGAAACAAAAAGUUUUGUCUGAAGAGGGGAAAAAGCCCGUCUUUAACUCGUUCACGUGGCGAGUUCAGGUAGGGUGGAGGGGUGUAGCCACACGGGUUGCUAACCAUCAUAUGCUAUUGUUUAGCCACAACUUGAUUCAUUCCCUUAUUACUAUUCAUCCUUCACACAGCAACUGGAAACAGAAAUGUUGUUUAAUCCAUCUGCAGGCGGCUGGGUAAUUGAUUUUUGAUUAAUUGAUGAUUUAAUGAUAAUUUGCGGGAGUGCGCUGAUCCGCAUUGGAAACGCAGCGCUGGUCUUAAUGGGACCUCAUCAGUCUUCCUUAAGGCAAAACACUACCGCUUUUGUCCACCGGUGUCGCUAAAAUCGACCAGAACUGAAAAGUUACCAAGUGCUGCUUUAAAUAGGCUAUUCUUUUAUUAAGUCAUAGCAAAAUUCUUCUUCUGACCUCUGAACUCAUCACCUCAAAGUUUAACCAUAUCCUGCAAGUUUGGUAAUAGUUCAAGAAUGGAUAAAAGGGUUAUCUCUACUGCAGACAUAUAGAAAAAAAAACACAUUCCUUAAGUUUCACCUACUGGCGAAGAUAAUAAAAAACAGAAAUAUACUCUGGUCAUUGCAGUGCUUAUCACUCUCAAGUUCAUUUUUUCUAAUUUCAUUGUGCUUUAUAAAGGUUUAAACAAAAAAGUCCCAAUAAAUUACCUCUUUAGAUGUUCCACUGUAUUUGGAUACACUUGAGCACAAAAUCUAGACGUUUACUGCAGGUGAUCCUCACAAGCACACUUCUGUUACAUGCCUCAAUCUUUUUUGAUGAAACAAAGGGCUUCAUUGGUUGUUCACUCGGGACAGGAAAGCACUCGGGUUUGAGGUUGCCGGGAGACCGCGGGAGUCCGAAUUCCCUCCUUAGUGGACUGCAAGCUGCUGGUGGGAAAAUAGUUUCAUCUGAGAGCUGCGGAUCUUCGGGAUUAGACGUGUUGAGGCUUGUCUGGCUCAGGCGCAAAAAGAGGGGUCUUGAAGCCUUGUAAAUGAGUCAUACUAUGCUUUUUUUGGUCACUAUUUAAAUGGUGUUUGACUCACUCACUGCCAUUGACGACUGCAGACGUGAAUGGUAGCCAAGGAUUUAAACUCCUUAGUCGAGGUAGUAUUGUAUUUCGAUACAAAAUGUUUAAAAAAACAAAGAAAAAGAAGGACAUUCUCA